AUGUCGGAGCAGGUUGACCUCACCACCAUCCCCAUCUCUCCAGAUGGUGAGAGUGCUCCCAAGACCACCACCGAGCCCAAGGAAGGCGAGAUAACUACCGUCUUUCACGACAAGGACAACUUCAACGUGAAGCACCCGCUGGCGCACGACUGGACUCUUUGGUUCACCAAGCCUGCCACUGGCAAGGGUGAUUCUUGGAACGAUCUGCUCAAGGAGGUUAUCACAUUCAACUCGGUCGAGGAGUUCUGGGGCGUAUACAACAACAUUGCUCCCGUCUCCGAGCUCGCCCUCAAGUCCGACUACCACCUGUUCAAGGCUGGCGUAAGACCUGAGUGGGAGGAUCCUCAGAACAAGCACGGCGGGAAGUGGUCCUACAGCUUCAAGGACAAGCGUGGGGUCAACAUCGACGAGUUGUGGCUUCAUACGAUGCUGGCCGCGAUCGGUGAGACGCUCGAGGAGGAGGACGACGGCGAGAUCAUGGGCGUUGUUGUCAAUGUGCGCAAGGCCUUCUACCGUAUCGGCGUGUGGACCCGCACCGUUGGUAAGAGCAUCCCAGGCCGCGGCGAUGGCGACGUCGCUGGUGGCAAGGGCCGCUCUCCGGAGAAGGGCCGCGAAAUUCUGCUAUCCAUCGGCAAGCGCACCAAGGAGGUGCUCAAGCUGCCGGCCAACGAACUGCUUGAGUUCAGCGGCCACACCGACGCCGCUCACAGUGGAAGCACGCGUGCCAAGGCGAAGUUUACUGUCUAA